AUGUCUUCUCGGUCAAGGGAGGAUCUGCGUUGUCCCAUCUGCCACGGCGUCUUUAAAGACCCCGUCCUCCUGUUAUGCGGCCACAGUUUCUGUAAAGACUGCUGGCAGCGAUGGUGGUUGGAGAGAUUCGCUCACGAGUGCCCAGUCUGUAAGACAAAAUCUUUAUUGUUCCAUCCGCCGCGAAACUUGGCACUGAAGAACCUGAGUGAAGCUUUUUUAGAGCAGAGAGAAUCGAGAAAGUCUGCGGCUCUUUGUGGUCUCCACUCGGAGGAUCUCAAACUCUUCUGUCUGGACCACCAGCAGCCGGUUUGUCACAUCUGCCUGCACUCGAGUUCACACACCAGCCACAGCUUCAGACCCGUCGAUGAAGCCGCGAUGGACUACAAAGAAGCACUUCGGGUUCUCCUGAAGCCCUUGCAGCAGAAACUGGAGCUCUUCAACGACAUUAAAGGGAACUUCGAUCAGAUGGCUAAAGAUAUUGAUAUUCAGGCUCAAGACACAGAGAGGCAGAUUAAUGACGAGUUCUCGAUGCUGCAGAAGUUCCUCCAGAAGGAACAGCAGGAGAGAAUUGCCAAGGUGCAGGCGGAAAAGAGGCAGAAUAGUCAGAUGUUGAAGAGGAAGACGGAGGCUCUGAGCAGAGAGUUAGCAGCUCUUUCGGACACAGUCGUGGCCACCGAGGACGUGCUGAGAGCUGAGGAUCUCAAGUUCCUGCAGAACUACAAGACAACAGCUGAAAAAGUGGAUCGCCUCCAGAUCAACGAUCCACAGCCGAGCCCAGGAGAUCUGAUGGACAUGGCCAAACACCUCAGGAACCUGCCCUUCGCCGUCUUGGAAAGCGUCAAGAAAAUGAUCCCGACGACAAAAACUAAUCCUGAACCGCCGCAGAAUAGUCCUAAAGAGCCAAAGAGCACCGCUGUUUCUACGAUGCCGUCUAGAGUGGAAGUUCUCGCAUCACUUGCAGCUCUCUUAGGAAAAUAUGAGGUGAAAGAAAUAACAUGUUUUGAAGACGAUACAGAUUUGUUCGGUUAG